CAGAUAACACAAUGCGUCACCUACCCACUUUAUCAGUUUCACAAUUUUCUACUGUGCUAUUAAAAUAUUGAAAAUAUCGAAACCUAACAAACACGUUCUUCUUCAUUAUUAUUAUUAUUACUAUACUCACGCACUCCAAUUUUGAACGUACCACCAUUUUUUUAACCUCAACAUUCACACAAACACAUACUAUGCUUCACGCUUUCGUUUUCUCUCUUUCAAACAAGAUGUCUCUUGCUCGAGGCACUGCUGUUGUUUUCCUCUUAUUUGCUCUAUACUGCGGUUUGGACCCAUUUGAACACAGUCCAAUUGCGAAAUUUCCUGAUUUUGAGGCCAAGAAGGUUGACAUACCACCAUGGUCUGAGGUUCCUAAUGACACUGACAAACAAAACUUGCUGCAGAAUUCUGAGAUUAAGUUUUUGAACCAAGUUCAAGGACCUGAGAGUAUUGUUUUUGAUCCUCUUGGUCGUGGUCCUUAUACUGGUCUUGCUGAUGGUAGGAUCUUGUUUUGGAAUGGACAAUCUUGGUUUGAUUUUGCUUACACCUCGCCCAAUAGGUCACUAUGCACUCCCAUUGAAGCUGCAACACCAUUUAGUUAUGUGAAGACUGAACACAUCUGUGGAAGGCCUUUAGGACUCAGAUUUGACAAGAAAACUGGUGAAUUGUACAUAGCAGAUGCAUAUCUUGGGCUCAUGAAGGUGGGACCCGAAGGUGGUUUAGCAACAUCGCUUGCAACCGAGGCUGAAGGCGUGCCUCUGAGAUUUACUAAUGAUGUUGAUGUUGAUACUGAAGGAAAUGUUUAUUUUACAGAAAGCAGUACUAUUUACCAGAGGAGGAAUUUCAUUCAGCUGGUAUUUUCUGGAGAUGAUUCUGGAAAGGUUUUGAAAUACAACCCUACAACAAAGGAAACCACUGUUCUUGUGAGGAAUGUUCAAUUCCCAAAUGGUAUUUCCUUAAGCAAAGAUGGCUCCUUCUUUGUUUUUUGCGAAGGGGCUAUUGGCAGGCUACGUAAAUAUUGGCUAAAAGGCGAAAAAGCUGGAACUUCAGAGAUCUUAGCCAUUCUACCUGGAUAUCCUGAUAACGUACGAGUGAACGAAAAUGGCGAUUUUUGGGUGGCUCUUCAUUGUCGACGAUAUAUGUAUGCGUACCUUAAUGGUUUGUAUCCAAGGAUAAGGAAAGCUAUACUCAAGCUUCCUAUACCAACAAAAAUUCAAUACUUGUUUCAAAUAGGAGGCAAGCAACGUGGUGUGAUUGUGAAGUAUAGUCCUGAAGGUAAAUUGUUGCAGAUAUUGGAGGAUAGUGAGGGAAAAGUUGUUAGAGCAGUGAGUGAAGUUGAGGAGAAAGAUGGUCAACUUUGGAUAGGAAGUGUUCUUAUGCCUUUUAUUGCAGUUUAUAAAUUAUAACUUGACAUGAAGUAUAUUACACUCUCCCUUUCCUACCUUCAAUCCUCUAUCACAAGUUUAUUGCUUCAAUAAUGUAAGUUCGUAAUGGAAUAGAAAUUCUGAGAUGAGAUUUGAUGCUAUAUUGCCUUUUGUGGUUACCGGCAUGUGCAAUCAUUAUCAAUUAAUGGAUUGUUGGUCAUUUUGAUUACUUAUAAUGGAUUGUAGAUUACCCUGUCAU